CCCUCCCUCACUCCCUCCCUCCCUCUCUCUCUCUCUCUCUCUCUCUCUCCAGCCAGGCCUCGUUCCAGUUUCAUCGCUGACUACGUCCCCUGCCUCCCUCAGCCAGGCCUCGUUCCAGUUUCAUCGCUGACUACGUCCCCUGCCUCCCUCAGCCAGGCCUUGUUCCAGUUUCAUCGCUGACUACAUCCCCUCCCGCCCUCCCUUCCUUUCUCUCUCUCUCUCUCUGAUCCAACCAGCAAAGGAGAAAAUGGCGGAAGCCAUAGUGCCUUCUCUGAUAAAGCUGAUUCCUGACGUAUUGAAACUAUUGAAAGAAGAAUGGAGACUCGGUUCAGAUGCUAAAACGGAAUUAGAGUAUCUCAAGGACUUGAUCGGAGCCAUCGGGCGCUUCCUCAAGAAAGCCACCUUGAAGGAGGUCAUCGAUGAGGAUCUCAAAGUGUCCAUGAAGCGAAUGCGGAAGUUUCUUUAUGACUCUGAAGAUGCUAUCAAUGAUUUCAUGGAACGUGGAAAAUGUAAGUGGGAAGGUCUUGGUGUCUACAUUUACAAACACAUCAAUCGCCGAACUUUUGCUUCCGAAGCAAAAAGUAUAAGACAGAUUGUAGAGAAUUACAAAACUACACUGGAGAUUUCAAAUAAAUUAUCCGCAGACCAUGCCAAGUCCAGCUCGGCCUGCCAUCAGUCGUUGUCCAUUGCCUUUUCCAAUGAGAGGGACAAUGAGUUGGUGGGCAUUGAAACGGCAAGGGGCCAGCUGGUUCGAUGGCUAACAGCGGACAGUCCGACGCGGAAAGUGGUUUUCGUGCACGGCGCGCAAGGAGUAGGGAAGAGUACUCUAGUGGGCGCCGUGCUUCGUGAUGAAACAGUAAGGAGUCACUUCAAUUACUACGUGUGGAUCAAUUUAAGAACAUGUGAGUUGGCCGACGACAAAGCGGCGGCACUCAUGAAGGCAAAUGCACGGAUGUGGAAUCCGACCCAGAAGGACAGCCUCGGAUCCCAACGCGAACUCGGAGAGGUUUUCGAAUCCUUUUUGUGCGGAAAUAUCACGUGGGCACUCGUCUUAGAUGAUGCAGGCAGCACGCAUGUGUUCGAGUGUCUCCAGAGUCUUCUAGCUCGUGCUCGUCCCAGCGUGCUCGUCACGACUCGGGACAGCAGCCUACAAUCUAACUCCAGAACUUACUUGAAUCUUCAAAUGGCACAAUCUGAUGGUGCUCCUCUCGAACCUACCAAACUAUUGUAUGAUAUCCGCCAUUUCAAGCAUCCUCCCCUUUCCUUGGAAGAUUCUUCGACUCUACUUUGCCAGAAGACGUUCCAGAUGGAUUGCCGUCCAAAUGUUUUAAAAGAUGCUUUUGACAGCAUUGUAGAACAAUGCGGAGGAUUGCCACUUGCGAUUCUUGCGGCGUCCAACCUUUUGAGCGAUAUUCAGGGUGGUGUUAAUGGCACUCCUCAAGGUGUUAAAUGGAAAAAGUUGAGUAGCAGGCUCGGAGAAGCACUGCUAUCCAAAGGGGACAAAAGUGGCCCAAUUAGAAGGAUUAUAACUCUGCGCAUGGACCACCUUCACGAUGUCCGUGCUUGUCUCUUUUACUUGAGCAUCUUUCCGUUAGAUUGUCUCAUAAAUUGCUCCACAUUGAUGCGGCUAUGGAUGGCUGAAAGAUUUAUUGAGCAGAAGGGUACUGACCCUGUCCAAACAAUCGCAGAGGAAACCCUGAAAAAGUUAGUAGAUCAUAAUUUAUUUCAGAAGGUGGAGAAAACUAGUUAUGAGAGGGCCAAAACUUGCCGCAUUUACAACAUUCUGCAUCAAAUCAUUAUUUCCAAGUCGAAAGAUGAUGAGUUUGCGAUGAUUGUUGCCGACCUAGAAGAAGAAUGGCCUGAGACUCUAUUGCGCCUGUCCAUUCACAGCAAAAUGGACAGGAUAAAAGAUGGCACGAGGGUCAAACGACUUCGCUCCCUACUUAUCUUCGCUGAGGUGUACCCAGAUUGUAUGGAAGCACUGUUGAAGCAGGUUAGCAGGCUUAAGGUGCUAAAUAUUCAAGAUUCUUCAUUGGAAGAGUUUCCCAGAGGUAUUUCUCUUUUAAGAUGUCUUACGUACCUCCGUUUAACGGGUAUCAAAGUAAUUGAAAUUCCGGAAGGCAUAGAAGCUCUUGAACAUCUGGAAACCCUAGAUCUCAAAGGUAUUGACGUGCCUAAACUACCUAAGAAUAUUUUGAAGCUGAAAGCACUCCGUCAUCUGUUAGUAUACAGAUCCAACCCAAGUCCGGCUCCAGGUAGUCACCCAAAGUACGGUGUCAAGGCUCCAUCCGGAUUAGAAGUCGGAUGCUUGACAUCAUUGCAAAAACUAUGCUUGAUAGAUCUAAACCAAGUCGAGGAAAGGAGCAAGCGGUCAAACAUUAAUCAUGGGAAAAUAUUGCUAGGAGAACUCGGGAAACUGAAAAAUUUACGAAGGCUAGGGAUCUCGAAUCUGAGACUCGGCCAUGUAGAGAAUCUUUGCUCUUCCAUUGGGAAUUUAGAAAAACUGGAAGCAUUACAUCUCAUUGCCGCUAGAGAUAAUGAUGGGAUAGUAGAUCUUUCAAAGGUGGAUAGAAGUAAAGCAUUUCCAUUUCUUCAGCGGGUUCACUUGACAGGACAUAUGACAACUCUUCCUAACUGGAUACUCACUCCUAGUUUGGCCAAAUUGUUCAUCAGGAAGAGUCGAUUGACUGAAGAUGCUUUCCAACAUUUUAAGGGGUUACCGUGUCUGAAGCAUCUAGAUUUGCAAGAUGCAUUUUAUGAUGUAAGGGAGAUGGAGUUUGAGGAAGGGGAUUUUCAACAACUUCGCUUUUUAGGCCUGGACACAUUUCCUAGCCUUGAAUCCAUGACAGUUAAAGAAAAGGCACUACCGGCUCUCAAAAAAUUACUCCUGUCCCGAUGCAGUAAAUUUAAAAAAGUGCCCCAAGGUUUACUGUUGAAAUGCCUCGAUUUUCAUGAGAUGCCCUAUGAAUUCGAGAAAGCUGUCAGACGGAAUAAAGCAGUUCACACGCACAAAAAACUCUGGCUUGAAGCAGCUGUGGUGGAUGGCGACCCGAUGGACCUCAUAACGGACCGUCCAGAGAGCUUUCGGCGGCGUGUUGAAAGCAGGAAAUAGUUCCCUCAAAGGCUCCAGGAAGCUGAGACAUGUGAUUUUUGUUGCGGCCGGCAAUGGCACCAGCAACAGCUUACUAGAUGGGCAUGAAGAUUGCAUAUUCUCAAGUCCAGCUUGAUAUGCGUCCAGAUAGUUGAUCUAAUGGAGCAUAUAAUCAUUCAAAAUGGAUGGAAUAGGCAGCUCUAUGGGAGAAAUUCAUUGUCCGCGUGCUUUGCUAGAUUGGGUCUUCAGCAAGUUUGGAAUGCUUUACUAUUUAUUUCUUGUGUUUUUUGCAAUUGUUUAGAAUAAACAUGUCCCCGUGACAUAUGUGUGAGGUGUGUGGCAGUGUGUACCCAUAACGGUAUUCUUCAAGUGUGGUUACACGUCAUUUCAUUCCUAUUUUGAAUGUAAAAUAAGCUUGAUGCCUCGGAUGCGUGCAACCAUUUGUGCGUCACUGUGCA